UAGAAAAGGCGAAUCAGUGGACUGCAUCCGUCUGCGAGCGUCGCCUUCCCAAGAACUGGGGUCAUUAAUUGUGACCCAAAAACUGGUUUUUCGACCAUGUCCACGCUGCCUGUCCAUUGAAUCGAAGUGUUCGAUGUCUCACCAUGCAGACGAACUCUCUCCCUCCCUCGUCGACGAAGCCAAUUACUGGAAAAGCCGCAGCUGCAUCGCUGUCAUAGACGCAUAUGCGACAUGCAGAAACCAUUCGCCGUUUUGGUCAAAUUCCCUCGAGUCAGCCGAACAGCCCAUCCCUCGCCGGCUCGUUCCCCCAAUCUAGUCGUACUGCUUGCGAAUUUAUCUCACCGCAAGGGUAGACGUUCUGGCGGGGUGGCGCUGUUGAUGGAUACAAAUACACCUACCUCCUCUCCUCAUAACUUCGUUCAGCAACCUUACAAGUUCCAUUUGCGUGUCUCGCCCGAAGCAUAAUCCAUUUAUUUUAAAUCUCAACCUCCUUGUCUGGCAUUGUUAGUCCAGAAACAUGGCUCCUUUGCAGAAAGUGGUCGUGGUAUACGGUGCCACUGGUGUCCAGGGAAGGUCCAUCUCCCUCUCUCUCCUCAAGAGCCAGCAGAACUUCGUCGUCCGGGCGCUUACACGGAACCCUCAGUCGGAAAAGGCCAAGGAAUUGGCUCGCCUAGGAGCUGAGGUGGUCAAGGCUGAUGGAUUCAACGACAACGACAUGCAGAAUGCCCUGUCCGGUGCCUGGGGAUUCUGGCUUAACACCCACCACCAUGACCCAGCGGUAACGCAACCCGGUGGGCCGACUGACGAGGAUCUCGGCAACCGCCUCAUCGAGAUUGCAGCCAAGGCAGGCGUGAAGGUCUUCAUUUACAGUACCUGCGAGUCUCCUGCGAUAUUUACCAAAGGCGUCGCACCCGUUCCGGGCAUGGAUGCCAAACACCGAUGUGAGUUGUAUGCCCGAACAUUCAAGGAGUUCGACGCCGUCAUUGGCGCCUUCCCCGGGUGGUACUUCGAGAACUAUGUCACUCCCGAGUACGCGCAGGCCUUCGGUGGCUUCCCCAUGUUCCCCGACAACGAGGGCUACCUGACCUGGCACGCUCCCUUGGUAGGCGGCGAAGGCAAGGUCCAAACGGUCUCCAUCGAGGACGAUUUUGGUGAGAUGGUGCACGGAAUGUUCCUGAACCCACUCAAGUGGAAGAACAAGACCAUUCAGUGCGUGAGUGAUGCGUUCACGUAUGAGGAUAUGGUGAAGACCUUCACUGAGGUUACGGGAAAGAAAUCUCGCUACAUUCCCAUGGCCUCAGCGGAUGACUUCCCAACCCAUGGGAACUCUGUCCUCGUUGAGUUGCAGGAUGUCUUCAAGUACACCCAGAACAACAAUGGCUGGUUCUUCGGUAACCCCGACGACUUCGCAACCUGCCAGUCACUCAAGGACGAGGCCCGCCGGGAUAAGGGUCUUGAGCCGGAGCCGGUCAUCUCCAUGGCUAAGUACUUUAUCAAGCACUAUGGACCCAACUAG